CUUCCUUAACGUAAGGUUUAAAGAAAUGCGUUUUAUAGUAACUUUAUUCAGCAAAGAAUUUUUUCCAAUGGUGCACAUCCUGUUGAAAUACGGUGUUUUUACCAUUCCUGACAUUGGAAACUGGUACCGGAAAUAUUUACCUUUCAUGGCAGUAAUAUUUGAUAGAAAAUAAAACAGGUACAUAAUUUACAGAAUGGAUAACUCUCACCGCCUAUCAGAGAUUCUGUAUAAUGGUCUUUGUCGUAGGAUAGGGUUCCCGACGGAAGUGGGCAUAAGACGAGACGUGAAAGACAUGGAGGAUAUGAUAGAUAUAAAAAUGUCUUUGGCGAGAGGAGAAAGAAGUAUGUUAAGCGGAAGUCGUCGUGAGGGAUUCAGGUUAAAAACAUCCGAUAAGGAUAACAUGGCAUGGUGUUGUCAUUGUAAAUUAAUAAGUGUGAUUUCCCAGUUAAAUACAUACGAUCCAUCAAAUUAUAGUAUUUUUCUUAUGGAGGACACUUAUACCCCACCUGGAUUUGUUAGACUACAACUUCUUACGCUGCCCACAGGGAUAUUAGUCACAUCAUCAAUAAUACCCUUCAAUGAAAGACUUUAUCUAUCAAGUGAGUUAUAUAAACAAGCACUGGGUGAAAAUCUGCAGAUUGAAAAUUCCACUUAUCAUGGUCCUUGUGUAACGUAUCAAAAUAUGUCUUUAUCCAUAGAUAAUGCAGCUUGUUUUACAAACAAAUAUUGGCCAAAUAUUAUGAGUCAUUAGAUUAACAGAUGCCAACGGCGCAUGUGGCCUCCCAGAAGUGUGCUAAAGGAUAUCUUAAACAGUAAUUUUCACUGCGUCGCUAUUGGAAGUAGAUGUACUACCGAUCAAAAUAAAUUGGAAUGGAGAUUGUCCUUUUCUCUAGCCGAACAAAAGCUAGUGUAUAUCAUGAAUCAUACUCAAUUUUUAUGUUAUGGACUCCUCAAAAUAUUUCUCAGUGAAGUUCUCAAUAAUAACGUACAGGAACCAUUGCUGUGCUCUUACUUCAUGAAAACUACAAUGUUCUGGUUAAUACAAGCAGGACAUUUAACCUGGAGUCCUCAUAAAUUAAUGGAAUGUUUUUGGGUGUGUUUUGCAUAUAUAAUUCAUUGUGUGUAUCAUGGUGAUUUUCCGAAUUUUUUUAUUCAACAGAAUAAUAUGUUUUUAAAAAAGGUUGUCGGUGCUGCACGCGAAUCCCUGUUAGAACAGCUAACUCGGUAUUACAGACUAGGUGUAUCCUGUGUACUCCAAAGUCCGACCCUCAGAUCCAUCCUUGAACCAGUCCUCAGCACACCGCCAUCUUUGAUGCCUCUUGAUACAGUUCACAUUUACGACAUCGGUUGUCAAUGUUGUAUUAAUGAUAUUUUAAAAACUGAAUUAUUGGACAUUUCUUCACAUACGUUCUGUAAUUUAAUGGAAUGUUUUUCUUUUUUAAAAUCUUUAGACAAUUUGUUACAUUUGCCAAAGUCACAAUGUCAGUCCUUGACAUUACAGUGCUGCACAGCAGAAGUUUGUGCUCGUAUUCCAUUUAUUAUAUCAAACAAUGCCUCAAAUAUCCCGCAUAAAUGUGUCUAUCAUUCACACAGGAAUCUCUGCAACAUUCUUAAACUGUCUUCACGGAUUGGAACCAUCUCACAUUCAUUGUAUUUAGCUAUGUAUUACUAUCGGACGGGCAGAUAUAAGGACGCCCUUCAUAUAACUAAUCUGACUAAAGAAAGACUUUCGAGGACCUACAUCAAGCGUCAUGGUAUUAAAGACGAAGAAGGAUCCAGAGAAGUUAAAAAUAGUCCGUCUUUGUCUAGAGAAAUGAACAUUUCCUGGAUAACAGGAAUAAAGCUUUAUUUUGGUUUUCAUUAUAUUGAAGAGUUAAUAUUUGAAGAUGGAAAGAAAAAUUCCCGUGAACUUGGAACGUGUAUUUCACCAUUUGUAUUGGUAGAUAUGCUGUCUGUGUUAUCAAACUAUAGACUAGGUAACAAAUCUCAAUAUCUACGGUCACUGUCAGAUCUCCACAUUUUGAUUCUCUGUGACAAUGAAAGAUCUAUUCAAGACAAAUAUUUGUCUUGGUAUAUACUUGGAGUCUGUCAGCAAGUUGUAGGAGACUUACACACAGCAUUAGAGUCUUACGAAGGGGAGCUUAUACUAGAACCACAUUAUAUAAUAAAGAAAACAAUAGAAAAGAGAAUAGAAUAUAUACACCAGCAACAGAGUAUAUUCAUUCUGCUAUGGUACACGUGUUCUCUUUCUUACACAUGUGAUCCAAAGAAAAUGUGAAUGUUGAAAUCAUGAUUAAUUCAAAUGUUAUCGGGAAUGCAUCUAAAGAUUUGUACAGAUAAUUUAAUCAUCUACAUGUACUUUAGUUUAUCCAAUUUCAAUCGUAAAUUCAUUGCAAUUAGAUAAUGUAAUGAAUGGUCUAUAAUCUAUUUCUCUUAAAAAUAUAUUAAAUUCACAUAAAAAAUUGACUAGAAUUGGGUUUAUUAUAAAGAAAUUUGCAAUAUUGUUAGAUAGAAUAGGUCAAUUUUUAAGCAUCAUGAUUCAAAUCGGUUCUGA